AAUGGGAACUUCGCAAUGGCGAGGUUACGUUUUCCUGGUCGUCCUGGCCAUCGUUUUGACAGAUUGAGUGUUGAGUUCUUUGCCGAUGAUGUUAAGAAUAUACAAGAUCCAUCCCUGGCGUUUCUGCCACAAUUUCAAAGCGGGUUACGCUUGUUCCGAAAUCUUGUUGGAUAUUCAGACGAGGAAGAUGAAUUCGAGGGAUUCACAGAGGAAGAGAUUUCAGCGAGCCAGGAAAAAUUCAAUGCUUAUGAAAAGGCUGAAAAGAAAAAAGAAAAGAGAGAUAACACAGUUCAGUCUCUUUUACCGCGGGUUGUUCUUGGCAGGGGUAGACCCAAGAAUUUUUUAACACCUGUAGUACCUUACAACAAAACAAGCAUAAUUGAAACUAUUCCAAGUCCUUCAGCGAAGCAAAAAGUUCUCAAUAAAGAAGUAACAAGCAAUAAAAUAUUAAAACCUAGGAAAUUUAAAUUGGACUACAAACAUGGGUUGUUGCACAAGGAUUCUGGACCAAAGAGCAAGAAAUCUGAGAAAGACAUGGCUAAAUUUUUGCUUGAAAAAGCCAGGCAAGCGAACUUGCUCUAUGAGCAAGCAAAAGCCAGAAGAUUGGCUGCUGCAAAGUUACAUGUACAAAAGAAGGAGUUUGUGCUUCCAACACAGAGUUCAAGGUCAUCUAGAGUGAUAAAACCAAACAAACGAUUUUUGGAAGACGAUUCAAUAGUUCCUUCAAUGGUAAAGACAAAGCAUACUGUAAGCAACGAAAGUUUACUAAGUCCACCUAGCUCAACAAGCCAAAGUCCAGCUUGUUCAUCCAAGGCUAGAACAUUCAGUAUGAACAGCUCUCAGAAUAUUCCCAAGCUUUCAAGUCCAAGGGAGUUAUUUGCCGAAACUGUUGGACUUUUUGACCAGCCGUUAAUAGUUGAUGGAAAACGUGACAGAAAGCCAAGUUUAAAGCUACAACUAUCAGAUGAAGACAGCUCGUUUCUUUCACAAAGCAUAUCUCCUUUACGAAGCCCAUUGGCUGCCCCAAAGUUGGGAACCGGUCUCUUUAAACAAUCUCAGUUUCAGAAAUCAGACCAUCAGCCAUUAUUCACUAGUAAGAAAGGAUCAGCAAUUGUGCAAAAGGCUAAGCUCCAGUUGAAUCGAGCAGCCCUGAAUAAAUCAAAGGCAGCGUUGGCACGCUCUUUGAAGGCUGAAAUGAAACGGGAAGCAAAGUACAUAUCUAAGCAGAAGGAACUGCAAGAACCUGCUGUCCAGAUUAAAGCACCUCUACCUCUAGUAAAAUCAGAGAGGUUGCUUCUACGUAAGAAGCUAAUGAAAAAAUUCAAGAACAAGUGUUGUGUUUGUGGAAAAGAGCAAGACCUUCUUCUCUGCUUUAACAAGUUAAUUGCCUGCAACAACUGCCGCAGAUUCUAUCUAGAUGCCAAAACAAAAGCGGAAGAAAAUAAUUUUAUUAGAAGACCCUGUCAAACUGGAGGCCGAUGCAAUGUCAUGAAGUUUUUUGGUCCAUGUCGAGAUUGUCGACUCAAGAAGUGCCUCAAUACUGGCUUCCCUCUCACCAGAGAGCUGGCUGUGGUGUAUGGCUUGAAGUUUACACCAACACAUGAUGCAGAGCAAAGGUCCCUAGAUGCCGUGUCCACCCAGAGAGCUCGCCAGGCUACCUCAGUCCAGACCACGCCUGCGAUGCCCAUCUUCCUAAAAUCACCUGUCACACCUGGGGAACACUCUAGAAAGAACUUCCCUGAAGAAGAAGAGUUGUCUCCUUUGAAGAUCAGUGAAGGUUCUGAGAAAAAGCAGAGAAAGAGAAAGGCUUUCAAGGAGCUGCUGAAAACUAAGCAAGAGAAGGAAGAUGAUGAGGGAUCCCAGACACAUGACUCUUCACUCACCGGCCAAGAUUUCUCCUCUCCUGUUGCCAUGGGAAGUGUGGAGAUAUCUCCAAAGGGAUACAGCUCUGGCCCUAGAAUCAAGCAUGUAUGUCGCAAUGCAGCCGUGGCCCUGGGUCGACCCUUGGCGACCUUCCCAGAGAAAACAGAGCUCCGCCUUAGUGCCCUGCCAACCAAUGAGAAGGCUCAGCUGCUUCGACAAGAAAGCGAGAAUAAAUCAGCUAUAGACAUGGAAGACGACCGCCCUAUGGAAGAGAUCAUCCAGAAAUCCAGCGACAGCGUGGUGGUGGUGAAGAAAUCCCCGACGAAACUGAAACUGCAGAAGAAGCUGAGGGGGGCGGGGGGCCUGCACCUGUACAAGAGAAAGAUGCGCUGCAAGAACUGCAAGGGCUGCAAGGCGCCCGACUGUGGGGAGUGCAGACAUUGCUUAGACAAGCCAAAAUUUGGUGGCCCAGGAGUCAUGAAACAAGCAUGUGUAGACAAGCCAAAAUUUGGCGGUCGUGGAAUUAUGAAGCAGUGUUGUGAAAAUCGAAAGUGUCUGCAUCCUGUCAUGAAACGGUCGGCGACAGAAGCAUUUAUCGAACCCAAAGUUCCAAUAAGAGACAAGAUCCCACGCUCCUUCACUAGAUCUGUGAACACUACUGAUAUAACCCCAACAGAGGUGGAGUCACCGUCUGACCUUGACCUUGAACAUGCAGAGGAAAGCGACCUCGACCCAAUUAUUCCUGGCGUUGAAGAUAAGCAAUCGUUAAAAAAUGUUCAAGGACUUGGGGAACAGACUGGUAUGCUCAUAACUGAGCAAGAUUUGACUUCAAACAACAGUAAUAACAGUGCCAGUGACACUGUGAUCAGUAAAGACCAUAGUGGCAGUAGAAGGGUUGAAAGGGCAAUGGUCAGGGAUUUUAUGAGAUCAGCAGGUCCAGGAAGCGAGGUUCGAAGGUUGACCUUUGAAAAGGAAGGGAUGGAUUUUCAACUUGAAAAGCUUCCCACAAGAAGGCCUGGCAAGUUGCCAACAAAACUGGCAAAGAACCUGGAGCUGAAUCAGAAGUACACAAGGAAAGAACCACCGAACGAUGGUCAGUGCUACCCUGUCAGUCUACAGUCUAUCAACCCGGCCUCCCGGCAGUGGGGAAGCCUCCUCUCACAGCCCAAGUACUUCCCCAUCAAGGUGGACUUCAAGAGGGGCUGUGAUGUGAAUUCUGCUUGGCGCUAUGGCCUGGCCCUCACCAUGUCCACCGCCAUGAGUGUACGGGCCCUGUGCUUCCUGUGUGGGAGCUCUGGCAAACAUGAGCUGAUUUACUGCAACAUUUGCUGUGAGCCUUUCCACGAGUUCUGCUUAGAGGAUUGGGAGCAGCCAGAGGCCAGCCACUAUGACGACUGGAUCUGUCCUGCCUGCCAGUUCUGUCACGUUUGUGGACGCCAGAAUAACUUACUUCAAUGUGAUAAAUGCCAGAACACCUACCACCCUGGCUGCCUGGGGCCCAACUAUCCUACCAAGCCUUCCAAGAGAAAAAAUAUAUGGAUCUGCACAAAGUGCGUGAAGUGUAAAAGCUGUGGUGCAACAACCCCUGGGUCAGCCACUGGUGCCACAUGGACGUACGAUUUCUCGCUGUGCUACGAGUGCGGGCUGCUGAUGGAUAAGGGCAACUUCUGUCCCAUCUGCAAGAAGUGUUACAGCGAUGAUGACUGGGAGACCAAGAUGAUCCAGUGUAACAUGUGCGACAGCUGGGUGCACUCCAAAUGUGAAGGGUUGAGUGAUGAGAUGUACCAGAUCCUGUCCACACUACCGGAGGAUCUUUCCUUCUACUGCCGUAAAUGUUUUCCCGUGGGCUGCCCAGAAUGGGAGACAACUCUGAAACGGGAAAUGCGGGAGGGCCUUGAGAACAUCCUUCAGACACUUAUCCUUGCAAAGUCAGCACAAUAUAUUCUGAAAAAUGAGAAGAAGAAAUCUCCAACCAAACUGCAAAUUACGGCAGAAGGAGAGGAGACAAAUAUUGCUUCAGAUAUUGGUGUGUUAACUAAGUCUGGCACUGCAGCCACAACUCAACAUUGUGUAAAGGACUUACAGGCAUCUGACCCUGACACUCACUGUGAUAUUGACACUAGAGACGAUGUAAAAGAUGAAGAGUUGGAUGAUAUUGGCACAAGAGCCGAUGAAGAGAUGGAUGUAGAUAUGAUAGGUUGUGAUGUAAUGAACAAGGCAGCUAAUACUCAAGAAGACUGUGAUGGUGGAUCUAGUGUGCUGAGAGGUGAAGGCAAUCAUAGCACAAAAGUCUGUGAUGAAGAUGAGAACAGUCCAGUGGGAGGGAAUGACACCGGCUGUGAUCUGGGAAAGAUGAAAGAACAUUUGGAUCAUCUUUCUGAAGAUAUUUCUAAUGAUAGUGACAUGGGUAUAAUUGAUAUUAAAAGAGAGCAGACAACAACAGGUAGUAAAUAUAAUUGUGUGAUCGCGUGUGAUAAAACAGAAGAAAGCAACAAGGGAGAAACCAACAAUAUGAUUUUACCUGAGGAAUGUGCUGAAAAUUUAGGUGAAAAACGCAAAUGUGCUGAAAUAAGUGGGGAAAUGAAUGUUCACGCCAAGAAGGACAAUUAUAAUUUGGAAUUUAAUGUUAAUUCAACAGACGUGACAAUUACCCCAAAACCUAAUGCAGAAUUUGCCAAGGGUCCUAAUCCAAUGGAAACUGAAGGGCCAGUAGAUGGCGCUGUUGUCCCACGGAGGCCUCAAGUCCAAUUUGAGACACCACCAGCAAGGGAAGAUAUCAAAGUGAAAGACGAUCCUGAAUCUGAUCUGAAUCCUAGGGACCUGAUUGGGAUAGCCCAGAAAAUGAAAGAGGGCCAUUAUAAAAGUGUGGCUGUGUUCUGUGAGGACAUACUGCGCGUGGUACAGACCUACCUCGAUGACGAGGAGGAGGCCAGGGCUUACAAGAGGAAGGCAGUGACAGCUGCUAAAGGCAUCUUUGCUAAGCAAGUGGAGAAGGUGUUCCCUUGGUUCAAUGUUAAGGAAUGUCGCCACUGGUACAGCAGCAAGAGUUUCCCCAAGGGCAUGUUGCCGGACGCCACCCUGCCACCCAGCACGGACCACACCUAUGCUCAGUGGAUAGAGAGGGUAGAGCCACCACGGUCACCCCAACCCUCCCCGUACAAGAAAUUCAACGCAACUCCUGUGAAAAGAUAUAUCCCAUAUGAUGAAGAUCUGGACUUAGGACAGCUGUUUGAAGGGGAGGAUGAGAGACCGUGUAUGUUCUGUCAGACAUUUGGUGACCAAAGGGGAAAUGAGGCUGGACGGUUGUUGUACUGCGGUCAAGACGACUGGUGCCACAUCAAUUGCGCCCUCUGGUCUGCAGAGGUUUAUGAGGAUGCUGACGGGGCUCUGAUGAACCUUGCUGAGGCCUUCUCAAGGGGGAAACAACUGCGGUGUGAUGUGUGUGACAAAUACGGGGCAACUGUGGGCUGCAACACGAAAGGCUGCAAGUCCAACUACCACUUCAUGUGCGCCCGACGCUCAGGCUGCCUUCUGCAGGAGGACAAAAAGGUCUUCUGUCAACAACACCUCGCCCAUGUUGAUGGAGAGGUGUUAAAAGAUGACAUGUUCAAUGUCCUUCGCCGAGUGUAUGCAGAGGACAAUAAUAUCCGCAGUACUAAGAAGCGAUGGGCCAAGGGACUUAAUGUAGCAGAUGUAAAUGUUCUCGUUGGUUCUUGCUGUGUGGAAAGUCUAGGACGUCUAACUGAUCUCUCGGACAAACCCAAGUAUCUCCAGCCUGUGGAUUUCCUAGCCACCAGGAUUUACUGGAGCACAAAAGAUCCAAGACGGCGAUGUGUUUAUACCUGUCGCAUUGUUGAAGUGCGGCCUGAAACCCUCAAGUCCCCCACAGUUUCUAUCAAAGACAUAAGAAUUGUUCAUGACAUGACACAUCCAGACUUUGUGCCUUUGGAGAGUCUUGACUUGUCAAGUCUGGGAAUUAAUUUGCACCAAUCUCUCAGUCGAAGGAAAGCUUCCAUAAUAGAGCUAGAUGAAUCUGAGGACCCAUUUGUUGAUGUUUCCCGACUUACAGAGGGAACUGUCUCAGAUCCGAGUGGAACAUUGUCUGCUGAAGAGAGUCUGAAUUUUACAUGUGAUACAACGUGGAAUAAUACUGCGCAGUCAAAUGUACAGGGAUGUAAUAUCAGUCAGUUUUCCAAUAUAGUACCAUCUACUGACACACUUAAACAAAGAAGAGCAAGUAUUGGUGGUUUGCAAUCUAGAUCGUCACCUCAGACGGAUCCAGAUAAGCUCAGCGUAUCAUGGCCAAGAAGUAAUUCACACAAGUGUACUGAACAUAAACAUGCACCAAAUCUGAGUUUCCUCUCCCCAAAGACAUUAAAACUAUUGAAUAUCAAAGACCCAAGCCUUUACCAACCACCAGUAAAUAAUAAUGCAGAUGUAUCAAGUCAAGGCCAUGAAAAAAGUGCAGUUGAUGAUCUAUGUCUGAUUAAAAUAGCUGAUAGGCUCAAUAAUGCAGCAGCUCGCAGCAGUAAACGAACAGCUAAUGGGCGCGAUUCCAGAUCUCCGUCAAUUGAAAGGAUUGUGCCCCCCUCUGUAUCUCAGCCCUUUUCACCUAUAGCCUCAGGAAGAUUUUCAAAAGCUCAGUCAGUGGAUAGAAAUUCCCCAACUACUGCCUUCACAUCUAAAUUGAUGGACCUACCCAAUGCUCCGUUUUCUCCUAAAUUUGCUAUGUUUCCAAGGACUCGUUCUGCCUCCAUGGACAAUAAGUCAACCUGUGAUACUAUUGUAAAAGGACCAAGUAUUUUAGAGCCAUUAAAUGAUAACAACAUAAGAUGUUUGACUCGAGAAAGAUCAGUGUCUGAUCCUGUAUCUCCAACACCAAAACCUGUUGGCUUCUCUUCACCUGUUGCUGGAAAAUCAAACAGUGUUACUAUUAUGGAAAGUAAAAACGCUGGACAGAGUUUAGAAAACAUACAAAAUAAAAGUAUGGAUUUUAGUGUAAAAUCUUGUUCGGAAAUUAAUGGCAGCUCUUGUUUAGGAGUAGACUCAAAAUCGUCAGACACAAAUUUUGACAGUUAUGCAGAAGAUGAUGUUCUAGAAGUAAAGUUAAACAAUUUAGCAGACGCUUCUGAAGCCAGUGAAAUGUUUACUAGUACUGUUAGCGUUGUCUCUGAAAAUCCAGUCGAUGAGGCAGAGUAUUCAGAAACCAUUGUUGUCAUGACAGAAAGUGGGGAAAGUUUGAGUGAAGAGGAUGCUCUGAAAAUAGCUGAGGAGUUGAUAAACAAAGGGCUGAGCAACAUCGUUGAACAAACUGACCAAGACAUUCAAUAUGGAGACAAUAGGUCUGGGUGUGAUGAUUUAGAUAUUGAUGAAACUUCUGAAAAGGAUACCAAGGUGUUUGAUGGUGAACUAAGUAGAAAGACUUCAAGUCCUUUCAUACCAGAAAUGGCUGCCUCUUAUAACCCACUUACAGAUAAACAUCCUGGAGUUAUUCAGGAGAGAAACUUGUUGGGUAGAGAAACAAUCCAAAGAAAGUUAUUACCUGUUAGUAUAACCCAAACUGUGAGAAACAGUAGUUCAAGUUCUUUGGAAUCUGGGCCUGAUUCUCUGUCCAAUAACACAUUAGAGCUUAAUGCUCCAGAUGAAGAAACUAAAGUAGUAUUUAGUAUUGGUGGAAAUGAAGAGGAGCAGCAUCUAAGCACAAUUGUAGACGAUUCUGAUGAUGAUGUUGAAGUACUUGUUGUUGAUCCGGUCUCUGAUUCUGAUAGUGAUGUAUUGGACAUCACUGAUUCUAUUCUUGGGAUAAGUACCCAUGGGAAUUCCACUGCAGUUAUUUUGGCAGAAGAUGAAAGUAAUACAUUUACUGUUCCAAAUAAUAACGCUGAUAAGUCUGAAUUAGACAUUGUAAGUGGAAUUAGAAAGCAUGAAAACACAUUUGAAAAAAGCAUGGGCAUCAGUGAUAUAACAGGUUUACAAAAUAAUGAUGAAGUUGAUGGAGACAAAAAUGUAAGAAUGGAAGGUAAUGUUGAAGUCACAGAGAUAUCCAAGUUGGAAAACAAGCAAACAAUAAAUUCUUCGUGUCCUAAAGCAGUCAGGGGGUCAGAAAAUGAACAAGUGGCAAAUACAGAACUGCCAGUUUUAGAUCCUAUUGCCAAGAAAAUAAAAGAAGAAAGCAUUGCAAAGAGUUGUCCCGAAGAAAAGGGACCAUUCAAAUGUAAUAAUUGUAAACGUGAGUAUCGAACUGAGUCUAGCUACCAGGUUCAUGUUGAAAAUUGUAACUUUUGUGUAAGCUCAAGUGAUGAUGAUGAUGAUGAGGAGGAAAGUGAAAAUGGUCAUGAAGUUAACACUAAAAAAACUAAUGGAAGAGUGACUCGAUCUAACAGAAGAAAUAGCAAACAAAUUAAGACUACUUUAGAUGAGGAUCCACAAACAGUUGAGGAAACAAUUGAAAAUCCAAAGUCCAGGACAUCUCUGAGACAAAGCACAGUUUGCCAACGAGUUGCACAUGAAGUGGAAGAACAGAGAGUGAAGCAGGAAAGUAAUGCACCUAAACGAAGAGGUAGACCAUCUCUAAAUAAAAAUUUCAGUUCACAUGAAAGAAGUAAGGAUGCUGAUCAAAGCUCAUUGAGCGAGUCAGAUAUGAAUUACACCUCCAAGGAGAAAAUAAUGAAUACUAGAAGAUCAGCUAAAGUCAUUGCUGAAGAAGCUAAUGAUUCAGUUAAAACAAACAAUGAAAAAGAAGGUGGUCAGUGUAUGGUUAAAACUGAAAGAGACCGCAAGGUAAAAGACAAAGCAGUUGACAGAAGAAUGACAAGAAGUAAAUCUCAAGAAUCUCAUAGCUUGGAAUCUGAACAAAUCAAAGUGGAGUGUGAGUCAGAACAUGUAGUUCUUGCAAAUCUUGUCAAUAGGAAACGUCAUUUAUCGAAGAAUAGUACCGAGUCUGGUACAAGUAAUAUUGACAUUGAGGUGCAUUCGCCUCAAACAAAAAGGAGAACUGUUAAAGAAUUGAGUGCUUGUGAUUCUGAGGAUGUAUUGAAUACAUUAGAGGAAUCAUCUAAAGAACUUGCAGUUAAUGAUUCUAUAGGAGAAAGACCGAAGAAAAGAGGAAGGCCUAAGAAACAUACCUCUGCAAAUCCAAAAAAUGCAGAUGGUCAAGCUGAUGUGAAAUGUAAUGUUGAUGCUAAAAUGGAUGAUGUGGGCAGCUCUGAAUUUGUCAGAGUAAACAAUACAAGCAGUGAAAUUAACACUCAAGCUAUCUCAACAUUCUCUGGUAUGGAAAAUGAUACUGAUAACAAAGGUGAAACGAUCAUUGAAUCUGACAUUUCUUUUUCAAAAUCUACUGAUUCCAAUGGGUCAAAGAAAGAUUUGAAGGUUUCAGAGAAAAGUCAGUCCGGCACAGGAGAUGGGAAACAUACAUGUAACUCUGGCUGUGAACAUGAAAGUGAGACUGAGGAAUUAAGGACCAAAGACAGUGAUUCUGAUGAUGCAAUGCAGAUCUCUGACACUGAUAAAAUACCAGUACAACCAGAUCAAGAAAUGAAUCAUGUUGCUCAAACAGAUGCCCGAAACACAAGUUUUGAGGCCAAUACUGAUCUGACUUCAGUUUCACCCAAUCCUCGGGAAAUGAAGACCAUUUCUCCUUCAAAUCAAAGUUUACCAGCAGCUGUUUUGAAGUUGUUAAAAGAGGGACACAAAGUGGUUAUCAGAAAUCCUAAAUUAAAUAAGAACUUUUUGUGGCAAAAAACUGAGAACGGCUAUAUAGGAAAACCUUUUGACAAAGAACUGCCUUUGCAGUCAAAUAUAAAGACUAACAACAGUGGCACUAGCAGUAAGGAAACUGGUUUGACUGGUCCAGCUACUGACGUAAGUAAAGCUGCUGAUGUCAAUAAGCAAGUUCCAUCAUUUUUGGGACAAAAUAUGUCAAGUCCAAAACAGAUGGGCUUAACAAAUCAACAGCAGGCAUCUAAUAACCAGUUAAUGAACAAUAUUACUUUUUCUACUUUAAACCAAUCAGAUGUGAAGACACAGGCGAAAUUUGUUGUUGAAAAUAUUCAAAAACUAAUAGAGCAGAAUAGACAAGCAAAAGUGGCCUCAACCACUAGUAAUACAGUACCUGUUUUUGUUAGGGGUGACAGUUCAACCCCGAUUAUGGCUGCGGAGUAUAUAGGUGGUAUACUUAUCUCUCCUUCGAAAGCAAACUACAUACUCGAUGAUAUCAAGAACACCAUCCAAUGUACUGCUCCCAUAGCAGACCAGACCAUUCAGAAUACUCUCCAGUUUCAGCAACAAUUUGGUUCUCCACCAUUGAAUAACAUUCAGCAGAGUCCUCCUAGUUAUUCUAUUCUUUCUCCACUUCAACAGCAAUAUCCCAUCAUGAGUCAGCACUUCAACGGUGCUUUAGAUUUUCAGGGCAGUGGCUUUCCAACGUAUUCAACAGGAUUGACCAAUAUUCAGACUGGUUUUGCAAGUGUUCAGCCAGGUCUGUUUCAGACUGGUUUGAACACCAUUGCAGUUUCUAAUGUGCAAAUUUUCAACCAGUGUGGCAUGCAAACUCAGAAUUCAACCCUACAAGCAGCCAUAUCUCCUAUUCCAGUUUUAAACAUGGGCUACAUCAGUGUUCCAAUAUCCAGCAUAUCCACACAGCAAGUGAUAAAUCAGCCCUCUCCAGUUCUAAAUCAGAGUAAUGCAUUCAGACCUGGACACGUUCCAUUUAGUUUUGCAACAGUGGUCAACAGUGGAAAUGGACAAAUGACCCCUUAUAUGUCUUCAGCUGACCAAUCAUUGUCCACAGUAACUACUGUUACUAAUGCUUCAUUGUUGCCAACUGUGUUGCAGAAUAUCAUGUCAAAACCUUUUAGUGCCUCACCGAUAUCUACAGUAUCUUUAAGUCAGCAUACAAAUUUACCGCAAUCUGUUUCCUCUCACAGCAGUGUGCAUGGAAAUCUUCAUUCCUACAACAGAACUCAGUCUGGGUCUGUGAAAAUGUACGACAAAAUUAAAAGUCUGUUAUCUAAAAGACGAUCUCUGUCAACAAGAAAAACCUACACAAGUAAAGAAUUGAAAAGAAAAUCUUUUGUGAAUGUUGCAAAGGUCCUUGACAGCAAUGGAACUCCAGUGAUUACUGUUAAAGAUCACAAUACGGCCAUUGACACACCUGUAGCUACAACAUUGUCAGCCAGCAAUCAACGCAUGUCCUGGCCAAAUAAACUGGAAAUGCUGAAAUUAAAACGAAAAUAUGUGGACCAGAAUUUACUUAAAUCCCCGACCAGACUAAAGAGGAAAUACAAGAAAAGGAAAAAGAUGGCAGAAUCAACAUUACCAGAUGGCAACUCUAGAAUUUCUGCCCCACAUUAUGGUAGCAAGCCCACAGUUAUGCACAGUCAGAAGGAGUCAACCACGUUGCCAGUGGCGGCGAUGGAGGAGGAGGUAAGGGAUGUACCCUUGUCUGUCCUUGAGGAUGAAAGGUCGCCAGACUAUGCUGGGGUCGAGGGUCACAAUCUGGGACACCUGGAGUUUGAGAUUGCAAGCGAUGACGGCUUCACCUGCCGAGCUGACACCAUGGAUGGUGCAUGGAAACAAGUGACAGAGAAACUUCAGGAUGCAAGAACAGCAAGCCGACAAAAACACCUAUCAUAUGCAGGUCUAUCUGGCGUGCAGAUGUUUGGGUUGAGUCACCCGCAGGUGGUUUACCUGGUGGAACAGAUGCACGGGGCCAGCUACUGUCGACGCUAUGCUUUCAAGUACCACAAACACGAGCUUGUGGAGAGAGAAAUUGAACUUCUGAACCCCACCGGCUGCAUCAGGACGGAACCAUUUUCCGGCAGGAACCCUUGGGACAUGUUCAGCUUCCUGAUGUCUCGGUACCGCCAGAUGCCAAGCCUUGAUGCGCACGGGCUCGAUGAAGAGAUGGCGCUCAAGUCUGCGCGAAGGGCCACUAGCAUGGACCUGCCCAUGGCGAUGAGGUUUAGAAAACUGAAGGAGUUCUCCAAAGAGUGUGUAGGCGUCUACAGGUCCAAAAUUCAUGGUCGUGGGCUGUUCUGCAAGCGCAGUAUAGAUGCAGGGGAGAUGAUCAUUGAGUAUGCAGGGGAGGUUAUCCGGAAUGCGUUGACCGACGUCAGGGAAAAGUAUUAUGAAAGCAAGGGUAUUGGCUGCUACAUGUUCCGGAUAGAUGAGUUUGAUGUGGUGGACGCUACAAUGAGGGGCAGUGCUGCAAGGUUUAUCAACCACUCCUGUGAGCCAAACUGUUACUCCAAGGUGAUCACAGUUGACAACAGGAAGCACAUUGUCAUAUUUGCCAUGCGCAAGAUUCUGCGAGGAGAGGAGCUCACCUAUGACUACAAGUUUCCAAUUGAGGAAGUGAAAAUACCCUGCACAUGUGGCGCACGAAAGUGUCGCAAAUAUCUCAACUAGUGUGUCAACAUGUUCGCCACAAUUUGCGAACAAACUUAUCAUUUGCAAGUGCCAAAUAUGUCUCAAAACUAGUGUGUCAACAUAUUCUCCACUACUCUGGAGGACUAACGAUGCACACACAUAACAAUGUCUCAAGAAGUGUGUCAACAUACAUGUAUUAACUAGUUAUGUGUUACAAACAGAUAAUAUAGAGUGAUCAGUGUACUCAUAAACAUGUACUGUGAGUCAAAACGUGCUGAUUCAGAAAAAAGAAUGGCGUACAAAAAUAUUGAGGUUUGUGCUUUAACACAAUUAUUGUGAUUGGUUGUGGCUAUUCUGGCAAGAAUGUCACAGAGCGCAAUUUGUGUUUUUCAAAAUUGGCAUCUAGGGAUAAGAAAGAAUCCAUAAAACAUUUAGAUGUCAUAUAUCUGAUAUAAACAUCACAUAUGUGAUACAAGCAUAUUUGUGUGUAAGCACUGAUCAUUGACCGAUGGAUGAAGGAGAUGUUCACAUAAAUCUAUGUGAUAAAUUUAAUUUGCAGUUUAAUGUAAUAAAACUCCCAACUGAAUCAAGGUUAGUGAUUCUUUUUUCAUUUCAUUAGGUUUCCCGAUGUGAUGACGUUGAGUCAAGUGUUCAAUGAUGCCAGAUAUGAAGCCACUUAAUUACUCCAUAUAUGCACAAUGCAAGACAAAAAUAGGAGCCGAUUUUUGUUUACAAAUUGCCAAUAUAAAUAUGAUAAAUUAUACAGGAAUAUUUCCAAAUAAGUCAGAUGUACAAGAUUGCACAUUAAUUGAUUUUAAUUUCUUAAUCCUGUGUGAAUUCAAUAUCAUUUUUUAGUUAAAUAAAAAUAUGAAAAUAUUUGAUUUAAAAAUGACUUGUAAUUAUUAACAGCAAUUAGGUGUUACUGGUUUUCUUCAUGGAAACAACAGGUUUACCGCAUGUUGAAUUUCUGUUCAUAAGCAUUUAUUUAUGGAAAAUGUCAGCCUUUGUAUAACAUAACACAUGUAAACAAAACCUAGUAAAGACUAUAUUUAUGCCCCCCUUCGAGGCAGAGGGGGUAUAUUGUUUUGCUCAUGUCGGUCCGUCCGUCGAUCUGUCAGUCCGUCCGUCCACCAGAUGGUUUCUGGAUGAUGACUCAAGAACGCUUAGGCCUAGGAUCAUGAAACUUCAUAGGUACAUUGAUCAUGACUGGCAGAUGACCCCUAUUGAUUUUCAGGUCACUAGGUCAAAGGUCAAGGUCACAGUGACUCGAAAUAGUAAAAUGGUUUCCGGAUGAUAACUCAAGAAUGCUUAGGCCUAGGAUCAGGAAACUUCAUAGGUACAUUGAUCAUGACUGGCAGAUGACCCCUAUUGAUUUUCAGGUCACAAGGUCAAAGGUCAAGGUCACAGUGACUCGAAAUAGUAAAUGGUUUCCUGAUGAUAACUCAAGAAUGCUUACGCCUAGGAUCAUGAAACUUCAUAGGAACAUUGAUCAUGACUGGCAGAUGACCCCUAUUGAUUUUCAUGUCACUAGGUCAAAGGUCAAGGUCACAGUGACUCGAAACAGUUAAAUGGUUUCCGGAUGAUAACUCAAGAAUGCUUAUGCCUAGGAUCAUGAAACUUCAUAGGUACAUUGAUCAUGACUGGCAGAUGACCCCUAUUGAUUUUCAGGUUACUAGGUCAGAGGUCAAGGUCACAGUGACUUGAAACAGUAAAAUGGUUUCCGGAUGAUAACUCAAGAAUGCUUACGUCUAGGAUCAUGAAACUUCAUAGGAACAUUGAUCAUGACUGGCAGAUGACCACUAUUGAUUUUCAGGUCACUAGGUCAAAGGUCAAGGUCACAGUGACUCGAAAUAGUCAAAUGGUUUUCUGAUGAUAAGUCAAGAAUGCUUGCACCUACUUUUAUAAAUUCUUUUAAGAAACAGUUGGGUUUUUUUAAAUGACAGAAUUCUUGGGAAUGUGUUUCUGCAUCAAAUUGUAUUCUCAUUUGGAAGGUUUGGUAGAUUUUUUUUGAAAAAUGUAUGGGUGUUCUUCGGUUAUUUAUCCUCUUUGGCUGUUGGUCUUUGACCAGUAGCUUAUUGUGCAGUAUUAGGUUACUGAUAUAAAUGGCAGCUAAUGUAAGUUUGUGUAGACAUCGAAGUUUGUCCAUGGAAUUGACUAAUAUUUUGAUGAAGACUUUGUAGUCAGUUUUGUGUUACAACCUGGCCACAGGAAAUUAAUGUUCUUGCAUUAUUGCAAAUUUUGUUAAGCUCUAAAAUUGUGAUUUGUUGUUUCAGGAAUAGAAUUAAAAUAAACGACAAAUUAAACAUGAACAUAUGACUCUAUUUUGUAAAUAAUUGUUUAUUUAUAUGAAAAAUACAUGUAUUUUAUGUUAUAAAUAGAGAAACAAUGUAUUCCUUUAUAAGAGUGUUAAUUGUAUUCCCCAUGUAAGAUUUCACAUGUAUAUUGCUGUGACAUGUAAGAAUGUUCUUGAUGAAUACUUUAAACAAAUGUGCUGUGUGUUUAUACAUAUUUCAUACUGGUUAGUACAAGUCUUGUUCCAUUAUGUCCCACCAUUUAAAUCUCUUGAGUAAGUUGCAUGUUUUUCAUUGAAUGUUAUGUAAUAAUAUUACUUGAAUACUUAUUAGUAUUUUACCAUUAAUCUAUGUCAAUACACCUGUUUUCUUUAGUCUUUGGCUGUUUUGUAUCAGAGAGGAGUUCCAUAAAAAAUAUAAACAAUAUGUUAUGUUUCAUAUAAAAUAUGAUAACGUCUGUUUAUAUUGUUUUACCAUUUUUCUCAUAUUGUCCAUUUGUGGCACCAGCAGUUUUUAGCUCGGCUGUUUUCGGAGAAAACCCGAGCUAUUGUCAUAGCCAGCUCGUUGUCGGCCGUCUGUCGUCCGCCUACCCGCCGUAGGCGUCGUGCUAAAACCUUAACAUUGGCCAUAACUUUUUAAAUAUUGAAGAUAGCAACUUGAUAUUUUGCAUGCAUGUGUAUCUCAUGGAGCUGCACAUUUUGAGUGGUAAAAUUUCGAGGUGAACAUCAUCCUUCAAGGUCUAGGGACGAAAAAACAAUGUAAAGGGAAGUAAUAAGCUUUAAAUGGACAUAGUUAUCUGACCUGCCCACUUAUAUAUUUUUGUUAAAUAAAUCAAAGAGGCCCAGUAGGCGGCAUUGUGUACGUGUGUACAGGUCGGGCUACCGUAACCUCGUGAAGAGGCCGGUAGGACCUGUAAAUAAACUCUGAAACACACACAGGCGGCAUUGUGUUUCUGACAAACACAUUGUGGUAAAAGGUCAACAUCAAGGUCAUCCUUCAAGGUCUACGGUAAAAAAUACACAUUUAAGGGAAGUAAUAAGCUUUAAAGGGAGAUAAAUAUUCAAUAUUGAACAUAGCCACAUUAUAUAUUUGGCAUGCAUGUGUAUCUCAUGGAGCUGCACAUUUUGAGUGGUGAAUCUACAGUCACGGUAGUGGCUUUUAAUUAUUUACUACUAAAAAUAGAGAUUUGUUAGAGACAACUAUUUUCAAGGGAAGUAAUUUAUAUAAUUAUAAAUCUCAUAUUAAAUAUUUCCUUACCAAGAAUUGAAGUUCUUUUCACAGUUACUGUACAUAUUUAUUAUUUUGAUUAUUUAUAUCUCAAAUGAUUCACCCCUGGAAACCCGAUAUGCUGUGGGAAUUUUGAUGUGCUAGGAGAAGUUGUCGAUAGAUUUCGAUGAAUUUCGGUAGGGUAAGUAUAUCCAGUUAU